CUCCUUCCCGUCUAUCUCCCAGUAACAAUACUAUACUAUACAUAUAGGGCCACGAUAGAGGUGAAUCGACGAAGCAGAAACGUGAGGUUCUUGUUAAAGAUUGAGAGGGAGAGAAUCUAUCUUCGUUCAUAGUGUUAUCUCUUCUUCUCCUCGCAUUUUUUUUCCUUUUUCUUUAAUAAUUUCUAUAAAGUAUCUCAAGCCCCAGAUUGACUCUGCUUCCUCUAUCUUUUCUCUACAUCUAUUAUAACCAUACGUGUUGGAGAGCUACAGAUCUCUAGAGCUCUCCAUCUGGGUCUCGCUCUCCAAUGGCGGCGAGCUGGGUCUUAUCAGAAUGCGGUCUAAGACCUCUGCCUCGCUGUUUUCCUCGGCCCAGAACUGGAGUUUUCUCCAACAACCCCACCAAGAUUAGUUUGCCUGGGUGUAAAGGAGGUGGCGGUGUUCGUGGGAUAGAUCUCAAUGUUUCUCCGAUUUGGGUUUCAGGCGCGCCUACGGACAGAGAUUGGGGACUCAAGGUAAGCGCUCCCGCCAGAGUCGCACCUGUUGAGGAUGAGGACAGCGGAGCCAAGAAGAUUAAUGGCGUCAAUGGGAUUAAUGGGGUCGACAAAGAAGAUAAGUUUGAUCCUGGUGCGCCUCCCCCGUUCCGAUUGGCUGACAUCCGAGCUGCCAUUCCGAAACACUGUUGGAUCAAGGACCCUUGGCGCUCGAUGAGCUACGUCCUCCGGGAUGUUGUUGUGGUCUUCGGCUUGGCGGCAGCUGCGGCUUACCUCAACAAUUGGGUCGUUUGGCCUCUUUACUGGGCUGCACAGGGAACCAUGUUCUGGGCUCUCUUUGUCCUCGGCCAUGAUUGCGGUCACGGCAGCUUUUCCAACAACCCAAAGCUAAAUAGUGUGGUUGGGCAUUUCCUGCAUUCCUCAAUCCUUGUACCUUACCAUGGAUGGAGAAUCAGCCAUAGGACUCAUCACCAGAACCAUGGGCACGUUGAGAAUGACGAAUCAUGGCACCCGUUGACCGAGAAGAUUUACAGAACUUUGGACGAUAGUACUCGAACAUUGCGGUUCAUGGUGCCUUUCCCCAUGUUCGCAUAUCCAUUCUAUCUGUGGAGUAGAAGUCCUGGAAAGACGGGUUCCCACUUCCAUCCCGACAGUGACUUGUUUGCUCCUAACGAGAGGAAAGAUGUGAUUACAUCCACCGUGUGUUGGGUAGCAAUGGUGGCAUUGCUUGUGGGGUUGUCCUGUGUAAUUGGUCCGGUCCAAAUGCUUAAGCUCUAUGGAGUUCCCUACUGGAUUUUUGUCAUGUGGCUUGAUAUUGUAACUUACUUGCAUCACCAUGGCCAUGAGGAUAAACUUCCAUGGUACCGUGGAAAGGAAUGGAAUUAUCUGAGGGGAGGACUUACCACGCUUGAUCGUGACUAUGGUUGGAUUAACAACAUUCACCAUGAUAUUGGGACCCAUGUGAUUCAUCACCUCUUCCCUCAAAUCCCUCACUAUCACCUGGUUGAGGCAACAAAGGCGGCGAAGCCUGUACUUGGGAAGUAUUACCGGGAGCCUAGGAAGUCUUGGCAUCUACCAUUUCACUUGAUCGGAGAUCUAAUAGGGAGUAUGAGACGAGAUCACUAUGUCAGUGACACUGGAGAUGUUGUAUACUAUCAAACGGACCCAGAGCUUUUUGGAUCUUCAAAGACGAAGUCAGCGUAAUGUCCUGGUGUCUUUUCAAGUUAAAUGAUUCUCAGUGACCAAUCUUCAUUGUUAACAAUUAUUGCUGGUGGUUUGAAACCUGCCUCCAAUAAUGCUUCUCUCUGUCAAAUUCCACGGGGGGAGAAGAGAAAUGCAUGAAGAUGGAAGAUGAAGCCUAUUCUUUUAAAACAUGGGCACAAAAGAUUGCUGUAGUGGGGUAUUUAUUCCAAUAUUUAGUGGGUAUUAUUUUCCUAUUAUAGUUAAGGAAACAUUUCUAUUUGUUUACCUUGAAUCAUCUUAAGCAUCCCUCAUUUCUCAUUCACAUAAAAGUUAUAUAAAGGGGGAAAAAGGGAAAAAAAUAUGAAAAGAUUAUAAUCUCUUUGAAUGCUUACUUUCAAUUCAA